GAAUGCCGUGAGGGCAGAAAGAGAGAAAGAGAAAGACGGGGAGUGAAGGGAAUGAGGCAAUGACGGGAAGAAAAGUGACUGCUAACCCCUUGUUCAGUACUUGUCUUGUCUGCAUUAGGUACAUGCAGUGAGCGACAGCUAGGAAAGCAGUUCAGGGCACGAGCCAAAGGCACACACACCCACCAGCAGAGACCAAGACUGCAUUAUUCAGCGGAUCCUCUUCUCUACACUCCUCUGGGGUACGGCACACAAACUCACAGCAGCUUACACACACUCACACCAGCAGACAAACUUCCAGAAAGGUCCUGUGCACUCACAGUUAGUCCCUUCAGCAGGCUGCAGUCGAGAGGUUCUCACACUGCCGAGCCAGUGACUCAACCCUUCUGCACCUCUUGCUGAGCCAUUAUUGCCAUGGAAACCCCAGCCCAGAAACGCACCAGCCAUGGUGUCAAGGCCACCAUCUCGCCGGCCCGCAUCACCAGGCUGCAAGAGAAGGAGGACCUGUCCAACCUCAAUGACCGCCUGGCUGUGUACAUUGAAAAGGUACGCUCACUGGAGGCGGAGAAUGCCGGGCUGCGGCUGCGCAUCACCGAGUCUGAGUCCGUGGUCAGCCGCGACCUGUCGGGCAUGAAGGCAGCCUACGAGACAGAGCUGGCUGACGCCCGCAAGACCCUGGACCAGGUGGCCAAGGAGCGAGCUCGUCUGCAGCUGGAGCUGGGCAAGAUCAGGGAGGAGCACAAGGAGCUCAAAGCCAGGAACAGUAAGAAGGAGUCUGACCUGGAGGCGGCUCUGGCCAGACUGAAGGACCUGGAGGCCCUGCUCAACUCUAAAGAUGCUGCCCUCACCACUGCCUUGGGGGAGAAGCGAACCCUGGAGGCUGAGGUCAAGGACCUCAAGGCUCAACUGGCCAGGUUGGACGGUAACUUAGCCGAUGCCAAGAGGCAGCUACAGGAUGAGAUGCUGAGGAGAGUGGACGCAGAGAACCGCCUGCAGACCCUGAAGGAGGAGCUGGAGUUCCAGAGGAACAUCCACAACGAGGAGCUACGUGAGUCCAGAAGUCGAUAUGAUGCUCGUAUGGUGGAGAUUGACCAUGGACGGCAGCAGGAGUUUGAGAGCAAACUGGCUGAGGCUCUUGCUGACUUGAGGGCCCAGCACGAGGCACAGGUCAUGCUCUACAAGGAGGAGCUUGAGAAGACCUACCAGUCUAAGUUGGACAACGCCCGUCAGUCAGCUGACAGGAACAGCCACUUGGUGGGAGCCGCCCAUGAAGAGCUGCAGCAGACCCGUUUUCGAUUGGAGGGCAUGUCAGGCCAGCUCAGCCAGCUGCAGAAACAGCUGGCGGCAAGCGAGACCAAGGUGCGGGAGCUGGAGGAGGCUAUGGCACGGGAACGGGACCUGAUGAGGCGGCGGCUGGAGGAUAAAGAGCGGGAGAUGGCUGAAAUCCGAGCCCGGAUGCAGCAGCAGCUGGACGACUACCAGGAGCUGCUGGACAUCAAACUGGCCCUGGAUAUGGAGAUUAAUGCUUAUAGGAAGCUGCUGGAGGGAGAGGAGGAGAGGCUGCGUCUGUCACCCAGCCCUCCACCCACCAAGGUCACUGUUACACGGACCUCCGGCUCAGGCCACGCCCACACCAGCCGCCUGCUCCAGUCCGCAGCCACCGCUUCCAGCAGCCGCAACUCCUCCGGCACGGGCAGCACCAAGAAGCGCCGCCUCAAUGACAACGACAGCGAGACCUCCAGCCUGGCAGGUGGCACUGUGACUAAGACUCGCAUUAGUCAGCACGCCUCAGCCAGUGGCCGCAUCACUGUGGAUGAGGUUGACCUGGAGGGCAAGUACAUCCGUCUCAGCAACAAGGCCGACGAGGAUCAACCACUGGGCAACUGGCAGCUGAAGAGACAAGUUGGGAGCGGCUCUCCCAUUGCCUACAAGUUUCCCCCGAAGUUCACCCUGAAGGCUGGAGGAACUGUGACUAUCUGGGCUGCAUCUGGCGGUGGAAGCCACAACCCUCCCACUGACCUGGUAUGGAAGACCCAGAACUCUUGGGGCACCGGCGACCUCCUGCAGACCACCCUUAUCAGCGCCAACGGAGAGGAAAUGGCCAUGAGGAAAGUUACACGCACCCUGUUCCAUGAUGAUGAAGAUGACGACAUGGGAGCUCACAGCACGAGCGGCGCAGAGAACGAGUACAACCUGCGGAGCCGCACGGUGAUCUGCGACUCCUGCGGGCAGCCGUCAGAACGCGGCUCAGGUGUUUGCAGCAGCGGGGGUCUACCUGAAGGCCUCAUGGGACAUUCCUUCUUCAUGGGGACCAACGAGCCCAGACAGGGUCGUGCCAAGCCGGAGAACUGCUCCAUCAUGUAAAAACCAGACAGCACCUCACCUGAACCCACUGCCUCCUGUAGCCCACAUAGGAGAGUAAUUUUCUACCAUUGGGACGUUUGUCUUUAUUUUUUUAUAUGAUCUUGUCUUAUUUUGUAUUCAGAUUAAUCUGCAGGUUAGAUUUGCUUCGAGGUUUUGGCAAAGGGCACAGGAUUUUCAUAUUCGGCUUUUGAGUUUUUAUAUGCAAGUUAUGUUAUUGCAUGUGUGCCGUUCUAUUGCUUGUACUGUAAUCUGCUCCGCUUGCACACUCACACACACAGAGCUCCAUUGACCAGUGCUUGUGCUUCGAUCCAAGCUGGGGUUUCACAUUUAAUGGCCAGGCUGUCAACACUCAACACGCACAGCUAGUGAACCCUGUCAGGAAUUAGUCUCUACAGCCAUACAGACAACAGGGAAAUGAAUCCUGUGGGGUUUGUUAAUCAUGUUUAUCUCCCUUCAAAUAGAGCAAAUCUUUAUUUAAAGAUGUUGGUUAUGUUUACAGUUGAAAUUUAUUUGCCUUGGUUUUUUGAAACCAUACUGUGCUAUCCUCAUAUGCUGCAGAGAAAGUAAACUAGCUAGGGUUCUUUCUUGAAGAUCGUCCAAAGAAAGCCAAAGAACUGUAAGCUCAGGGUGUACAGCAGGAUUUUAUUCACCUUAGCCUUAAACAAACAUGUUGUAGGACAUUUUCCAUGUGGAUUUAGCUCAUAUGGUUGGGCAGCUGUGGUGCACACAGAGAAAAUAAUUGUUUGAGAUGAAUAUAUUUUUUUCUUCAAUUCACAGCCUGACCCCAGAGAAAUGUAUUUGGUUAUUUGAAAGUCUGGAAAUAAGGAAUUAUUGUUGUUGCUGGAUGAGUUGAAUGUACUCGGUUAAAUGAGUCACUACAGUGUCUCAGCUACAUGUACAUUUAAAUGUGUUGUCUCAUUAUUUUUAAGUAAUUCCAAAGGUGUUUUGUCAUGAUGAUAGAACGAUGUAGAAUUUGUCUGCCUGGGGAAAUAUCAGGAGUAGGUACUAUAUUUAGAGUCUUCUUUACUAACAGAUUUGGUGCCAUAUAUAUAGUAUAUAUUUAUAGAAAUUCUCAGCUUAUUGAAACAAAUCAGCACUACUAAUAGAGAACAGUUGCUGCUAUUUAGAGAGUGAAACAAGGUUUUUUUUUACAGAUUGAAAAUCCAAAAGGGCCUUCAGAGGACAGAAAAAACAUCAACAAUCACUGCUCUUUGCUCACAUGUCUCGUAUCGCAGUCUUGUGACUGUCAGCCGUCCUCUGGUUUGUGUGGCUCCUAAAACCUGGUCAUAAGGGCUUUUUUCCCCCCUUUUCCUCUAAGCUUACUGGCUUUGCAAAUCCUCAGGCAUGAUUCUGGGAUCUGAAUAAGACUGUGGGGUUUGUAUACUUUGUGACUUUGGCUGCUUUUGCACUGCUUUUAUUCAGGGCUUUGCCAGUUAUGCACAGCAGGUAGAUUUAUACUGUAGUCUGGCAGCUUAACUCAUUUAUACUCCAGAGAAAAGCAUAUCAAAGCAUUUAUGGAAAAUACUUGAUAGCUGUGUUUGGAAUUUUUUUGUUUUUGUUGUACUUAAUAGAUGGUAUCUCUGCCAUAUUAGAUUCUUUUUUUCUUUGCCUUGAGUAGAUGUCUAAUUUUUAACAUUAUGAUCCCCAAGUGCCUUAAAAAGUCCAAGACAAUCUUUAAAGAGAUCCAAAGUUGUUGACAUAUUUGGCCUCUGUGACACAGAUUUUCAGCUGACACAGACCGUAGUAUUUGUCUCAUAUGUACAUGUAAUUGUGUACUUUUGUGUACUAUUUGUACUAGAAGAGUUCAUGUGAAGGGUGUGGUUUUUUCAGAGGCCUGUCUGACUGACUAAAAAAUAUUAAAAACUCUUUAACAUUUGUAUGCAAUGUUAGUUCAAGUUAAUGAAGGCACACCAACUCAGAUUCAAACCACAGAUGUGUUGGAUGCAACUAAAACACUUGACAGGCCUUUGUAAAAUCCUGAACCCUCAUGAGGCCUCAUUUGAAGAACUUGAAGAUUUAAAAUGUAACCAAAAGGGAUUUCUCGUUGUAAGUGUUAAACGCCAAAGUCGCAAUUAGCUUAUAGUGGGAUUUGUGUCAGAUUAAUCAUAAUGAUGCUGUUAACAUGAUGAAAAAGCCAUGCAUUCAGUUGAUGCAAUGAAUGUUUUUUUUUCUGUUUAGUUCUUUUCUAAAAUAAUGCUGAGUAAAACCUUUUUUUCCAGA